AUAAACCCCCAAACCCCGCCCGCCCGUCUCCAUGGUACCGGGGGCGCCGCAGCGCCUCGCGUUGCCACGGCAACGGUCCAGGCCUUCCGCCGGCUGCCGGAAGUGGGGCUGCGCGCGGCAGCAUGGCGGCGGGAUGGGGGCGCCCGCCGGCUGCCACCGCUCUCACGCUGCUGCUCUCGCUCGGCGCCUCUGCGCCCGGGCUGCUGCGGGGAGCGCCUGCCGGCCGCCCCGCCGGCCCGCUGCGGCCUGCCGCUCUGCGUGCGGGGGAAGGUUAGUUACCUACAUCUUUGUCUAUGAAGACCUGAUAUCCUUGACCUGUGGUGCCGUUCUCAUCUGGUAUUUUGCUGGCAGCUUUGAGAAGAAUGUUGGCACUGUGAAGCACUGCUUCCUCACCAUUGCAUUUGCUGUCCUCUCUGGCCUCCUGUAUCUCUUACUCGAGACUGUUGCCUCGAGGGUGUCAGAGGUAGAAGAUGCCAAAGGAUUCAUGCCUGUAGCUUUUGCUACAUUGGGUGUGUCCACCACUCGCUCACGGAUGAAGAGGACUCUCUUUUUGGGGGUUAGAGUUCCAGUGGUGCUGGUGCCGUGGGUUAUGCUCUCUGUAGCAUGGUUUAUACCCCACUCUUCUCUCUUGAGUAACCUGUGUGGGCUCCUAGCUGGGGAAGCCUAUGGUCUUGGCUACUGUGUCUGCUUGGAUUUUCCAGAGUCAGUGGGUGCUAAGCUGGACCAGGUAUUCCCUUUCAGUCUACUAAAGAGGAUACCAGGGCUGAAAUAUAUCCCAGGGUCCCUAGCAGAGAGAAGAGUCUUCAAAAGCAGCAAGAUUAACCCCACACCAGGCGCCUACCCCACUCAAAGCUACUACUGCUCUUCGCCUCCGACUCUUCCUACUUUCCAGAUGCAGCACCCCAAUGUGCAGAGCCAGGGGUUUCAACACAUCUGGCCUCCAGGAUAUGGCCAUGUUCUGGGGCACAAGGGAUCUCAGCAUGGCCAUAGUGCAGGACACAGCCUCACUUCUUCCCCCCACCAAGCCGGAGGUGCCUUCGGAGAGCAUUAUGUGCAGACCCAUGCUGGAACCUCGCCUGGACAGUGCUGCCAGCUGGGCAUGUUCUCUCCCCCGCAGCAUGUGUGCCCCACCGAUCCACAGACGCCUGCAGGCGUGGGCCCCCUGGCUGGCAUUCAGCAAGCAUCAGGGUAUCCAGCAGCCACAGCGCCUCCUGUUUCAGCUGAAUUUUCAAGAGUGCAGGUGUACUGAUCCUCCAGAAAGCAGCAGGACUCUCACAUUGUGGCAGGAUCACUGCGUGACGCUUACUCGUCAGUGCAUUGCUGGCAUCUUUGUUGUAUCUGGGGUGACUAGAGGAAUGGGUUGGUAGCUCCAGUGAAGCCAUUCCACUGUUCCCUGCUACAGGCUGCUUUAACUGUAUUUCAUUUAUAAUUUUUAUAUAUUUUUUUACUUUUUGAUAUUGCUGGGGGAUGGGGACUGUAUCACUUGUGUGCUUCUUGUCUUUUUGGGGUCUUUUUUCAUUGCUGUAUUUAGCAGCUGCCUUUUUCCACACUGUCACUGGAGUUACAGUGCAUCAGCUCCCCAACUCAAGCUAGGAACCUAAUUAUCAAAACACUGGACUGAUCUGGGGUUUAACUAGGGUGCAGCAGUAAGGACAUGUCCCAGCUGCACUGAGGCUCUUAGCUCCUAUCUUGUUUACAGGUGUGAUGUAGCUAGGACACCAAAUAGGCAGAAAUUGUGGAAGCCUUAGUUUAUAACUUAAUAUUUGAGUGGAGGAGGACAGAUAUCUUCUACUAGUGACCUCUCCACUAAGAGUGUGCCUUGAAGGGGGCUUGUUAAACCAGGGCUGGGGCAAGAGGACAGAAUACAGAACACCCUUUUCUGCCCGCCAAAACGCAGCUCUAAAACGCUGAAGGUCCUUCUUAGCUGUAGUCUGUGCAUGCAUCAACAUGUUGCCUUCGUUUUCUGCUAGCAUGGUGCUAGCUCAGCCUGUGUUGCCAGUGCUUGUCGAUAAGGCAACCUCAGAUGCAUGUGAAGUAGUGGGAGAUGCUUCAGUAAGGGAUUUUGGCCAUUUGUGGAGCGAAUGUAUAGAGACCCAAGGAGCUGGGAGGGACCUUAACAGUGGGUUAGAAGAAAUAACUGGAAUGUAGCAAUGCCAUUGGGGGUGUUCGCACUGCUCAGCUUUAGAUGUCUCACCCACCAAUGUUAGCACAAUCUCUCUCUGUUGUCUGCAGAGCUGGUGGAAAGGUGUGUGGGAGAGGGGAGUUUUCAGCAAGGGAUUUAGAGCAGGAUGCAGUGUUUGGUGCCUGUGGCAGUAACAAAGGAGUUUGGUUAAGUCGCUGGGACUUGAGCUUUAUUUCCAGCUGUGUAGCUGCUUUACUGUGCCAUGCCCCGGAGGAAUCUGCUGUCUCUGUGUCUGUAAAUCAGCCAGGAUCUCAACUAUCACCUUUGACUCUUUGCUUAGAGUUUUGUUGUGCUCCAAAAAAGUAGUGCUACAUGAAGCAGAAAGUGCCAUUUACUGCUCACAGAGAUGUUCUUACAGCGCCUAACCUGUCCCCCAGAAACCGCGAUAUCCUCAGGGCUCUUUGAUGCUAUCAGUGAGUGGAGGUCAUAGGCACCGUUCAGAGCUGCAUGCACCAAAGCAUGUACUUGCCUCUUUCUUUUUUUCCCUCUUCAGUGUCUGAAGAAGCCCCGUGUUGCCCUAUAGCCACUUCCUUCUCCAGCAGCCCUUCUGGGAUGGCUGCCACAGUUACGUGUGGCCUCGCAGGGGCUUGCUUUGGGGGAAGACCAAAGUGAAUGCUGAGGACUUGGACCUCAGAUGCACAUUGGUAAGAAGCUCUGCUUGCAAAGGUCGGCACACCUGGGCAGGGGCUUUCUGCGGGAGGAUGCAGCAGUUUGGGAAAACCAGCCUGGAGUUGGUGGCCCGCUCUGUCUCAUCCCUGAGUGUUUUGCUCCUCCACGGGAUCCCAAAAGGACUUGACUUCAUGGUCCUUUUUUUCCUGCUGACAGCAAUUGCGUUGUUAGGUGGUUAGUGUGGAGCAAGAACAGAAUAAGGUGCUUGUUUAUAAAAAGUAAAAACUUAAAAGUGUGAUUUUAAUACCAGGAAAGAAAUGCAAGAGAUGACAUUGAAAUGUUGAUACUCCACUCUCAUUUGUGCCUUGAUUUUCCUCCUUGUGAGAGCCUCACCUGUAAACCUAGGAAUUUGUUCAGUUUUCUCCAGAAAUGUGCAGAAUGGUGAUGAAGACUAGUAGCAAUUGCAGAUGUUGUAUACCUCCAAAUUUUAAGCGUGAAAGACAAAGUACUAAGUCUCCAG